AUGACUUACUCUGCCCAGGCUGCUUUGCGGAGAAUAAUGGAAAUGCAUUUCAAGACCACCAAGUUCUGUCUGAUCUGCAACUACAUAAGUUGUAUCAUUGAGCCAAUCAAGUCCCGUUGUGCUAAAUUUCGUUUCAAGCCACUGCCUCGUCCACUUAUGGUGGCCAGGCUGUCUCAGAUUGCUUCUGAGGAACACGUUUUGGUGGAUCCUGAGGUCUGGGUAUUCAUAAUUAGACAGGCUUUGGAAAAGUUAGUUGAAAUAUCUGCUGGGGAUCUGCGGAAGGCCAUAAAUUAUUUGCAGACUGGGAGACAUCUGUCUAGUAACAUCACAUAUGAAGCCAUUUUGGAUAUUUGCAGUGUUUGUGGAUUGUUUCUCACUUUAGUGGAUUCCUGA